GCAGGCACUGCAACGAAACCGUCAGCAAGGUCUCUUCUGUUUAUCUCUCCAAUCAUCUUAUCACUUAAUUCAGCAUUGCAAAAUGGCAGCCCAAGUCCACGGAACCUGCGACCCCCGCUUUACCAAAGUAAAGACGAUCGCACAAUCCUACCUCAAUACUGGAGAAGAACUGGGGUUUUCCCUCUGUGUCAACGUCGACGGUACUGAUGUGGUUGACCUCUGGGGCGGCUACGCUGACGCCGCGCGAACCAAGCCCUGGGAAAAAGACACAAUCACAUGCGUAUGGUCAAGUUCAAAAAUUGUCGCCGCCCUUGCCCUUCUCAUCUGCAUCGACCGCGGACUCGUGGACCCGAGCGAAAAGAUAUCAACGUACUGGCCCGAGUUUGCGGCAAACGGGAAGGAAGGGGUUUUGGUGCGGCAUUUGCUAAGCCAUGCGACGGGGCUGAGCGGCUGGCAUGAAGACGUCACAGUUGAAGAUGUGUGUGAUUUGGAAAAGAGCACAAACCUGUUGGCCCAGCAGGCGCCAUGGUGGGAGCCUGGCACUGCAAGUGGCUAUCACGCCUACACCAUGGGACACCUCAUCACCGGCUUGAUCCAAAGAGUCACGCAUCUCCCCGUCGACGCAUUCGUCAAACGCGAAAUCACCACCCCGCUCGACGCGGACUUUCAAUUUGGUGCGCAGGAAAAAGAUUGGGACAGGGUGGCAGAAAUCGUGCCACCGCCGCCAAUCACGGAUCUGGCCACUGUGGCCGCGGCAAUGAAAGAUCCAAACAGCAUCGCCUUUAGGACGCUGCUGAAGAACCCCGGCUUGGACGCAACGGUAGCAGGCAAACAACUGUGGCGGAAAUCCGUGCUACUGGCUUCAAACGGGUAUUCUAAUGCCCGCGCUCUCGUCCGAAUCUUCUCUGCUUUGUCCCAGUCUGCGCCUGAGAACCCAUCGUCGUUUUUGUCACAGAAGACUAUGGAGCAAAUUUUCACCACGCAACAGCACGGCACUGAUCUUGUUCUCGGCAUCCCGGUGCGUUUCGGCCUUGGUUUUGCACUGUCUGCUGCAGACACGAUGAAUGAGAAUCUGCCAGAGGGCAGAGUCGCGAGUUGGGGUGGUUGGGGCGGUAGCCAGGGCAUUGCGGAUGUAGAGAGGAAGAUUACGAUUGGGUAUGUAAUGAACAAGAUGGAGAACGCAGGCCUGGGACCAAACGAGGAGGGAGAAAAGAAGGGUAUGGGAAACUACCGGAUGAGGAAAUUGGUUGCGGCGAUUUAUGAGGCGCUCGGUGUGCAGUAGGCUCUCAUUGUCUAGAUAGUGACUUGAGGAGAUUGGCAAUAUUUUUAAAUGAGAAACUUUGGAUUAAGCACAGUUGCACAACGCUCUGCUCGCUCAC